UAGAUAACGCACCCUUCCUAUCCAAUCAACAGCAAGAACGUUUAAAAUUUCACACCUAUCAUGUCGAAGCUACAGAAAACUUAUGUGGAGGCCAGAUUUGUAGUAUCCUUCCAAUUUCUCAGGUGCUGAAAUACGUGACAUAUUUUUUGAAGGGUAAGAUCGCAUUCUACCAAAUCAGACAACACUUUUUUCUAUGAAUAUAUACCUCUAUGAAGAAAACACAAAACUUAUAUUUUAAUAAAAAUAGAAAAUAAAUGGAAAAUGGAAAACAACAAACAACCAAAAGUAGUAGUUUUAUUUAAAUAAAACACAAGACCGGAUUAGAGGAGAGUGAAGAGUUUCCACCUGGUAUCAGUAUAGUAAUGUGGUAGAGUUUAUUUGCUAGCUAUGGAAUUUAAAAUUGAAAUUAAAGAAGAGUUUGUUGAAUAUGACCAAAGACAUACAGAGAGUCAUCUAUCCACCUCAAUAAAUAUUGAGCACUUGAAGAAUGAACCAGAAGUUAACUCAGGUCUGACAAUAAAAGCUGGUGCUAAGGAAGAAUUUGUUGAGGGUGAUCUAAGAUAUAUAGAGAGUCAACCAUCCACUUCCCUUCAUCUAGAAGGAUUGAAGAAUGAGUCGGGUGAAUAUCACUCAGGUUUUCUUGAAGAGAAGAUCACAUCAGAAACUACGAAAACGAUACUUGUAAAGUCAUGUAGUAAAGAACAGAAUACGAACCCACAUGCUGAAGGAAAAACAUUACAAUGUGAAAUUUGUUUUAAGCAACUUGCCCAUAGAAGUUCUUUAUAUAAACACAAGAAACUUCACACAGGAGAAAAACCUUAUAAGUGUGAAAUUUGCUUUAAGCUAUUUUCUCAGGCAUUUGCUUUAAAACAACAUACAAGAACGCAUACCGAAGACAAACCUUACGCGUGUGAUAUUUGUCUUAGGCAGUUUAAUGACAUGAGAAAUUUAAAAAGACAUUCGAAGGUGCACACUGGCGAAAAACCUCACAAGUGUGAAAUUUGUUUUAAGGAGUUUACUCAAGCAAACAAUUUGAAAAGUCAUUUGAAUUUGCACGCCGGGGAAAAGCCUUACAAGUGCGAAACUUGUUUUAAACAGUUUAUGACAGCCUAUAACUUGACAAGUCAUAUGAGAUUACACACUGGAGAAAAACCUUACAAGUGUGAAAUUUGUUUUAAACUGUUUUCUCACGCAUUUUCUAUGAAACAACAUAAAAACACACACACUGGAGAAAAACCUUACAAGUGUGAAAUUUGUUUUAGGCAGUUUAGACAAAGAAGUAUUUUGAAAAUCCAUAUGAGAGUGCACACUGGGGAAAAACCUAACAAGUGUGAAAUUUGUUUUAAACAAUUUAGUCAGACAAAUACUUUGCGAAACCAUUUGAGAUCACACACAGGAGAAAAACCAUACAAGUGUGAAAUUUGUUUUAAGCUGUUUACUUACAAACGGUCUUUUGAUAGACAUGCAAAUUCACAUUAGUCGAGGCUGUAGUAAUAUUGAAUAGAUAGAUAUAACAGAUAGAAUUUUUCUUUUUUUUUUAAGACGGAGAUGUAAUAUUAUAAUACCCAGUAUAACACAGUGGCGGCCGGUGAGGUAGUGCCAUGGAGCCAUGGCACUACCAUGCAGAAACAUAUUCUUUUUUAUCUUUAAACCGUUUUAAUGCCUGUUAAUUUUUUUGUGUGUAUUUCUUUUUUCUUUAUAAAUUAUAUAAAAUGUGGCAACUGUGUAGUGCAAUACAACCCUCGCCACUCACAGCAGACAGAAUGACCGUACCAAAUGCUUAUGUGCCUCGUCUGAAAAGAGAAAGAUUUUACGGGCAUUCUAUGUAAGUGACAAUAGAGCUAUAUUGCACUUUUAAUAUACGUUUAAAUGAAACUAUUCGUGCCUGGCUCGACUAAUAUUUUUUACUAUGAUCAUAGUGGGUCGUAGAUCCAAAAAGAUUGUCGUACAGGGUAGUACAUUAUAUUUUCGAGUUUCUUUACGUGCUUGCUCGCUCGUUUUUGUAUUUAUUACAUUUUCAUUUAUUAAACUUUUUAUUAUGAAUUAUUAUAUUUUAAAUAAUUGAAAAAUUUUUAAUAAAACUUAAGUUAAAUUCAGCUUAUCGUAAUAGUCUAAUUAAACACAAUUAACAAGUGAAUAAGAAUAUAUAUGUUUCGAAUCAAAUUAUAAAUUGUAUCCAUAUGGUUUUGUGGAGCUUUCAAGUUAGUUUUGAGAAAUCACGACGAAAAGGAAAAUUCAGAAAAUAGAGGUAUCUUUAAGGAACUAUUCAAUUUUAGCCGAAUUAGACAACGACUUAGGUUCAUAUUCAGAGUUCCAAAUCUUUUAAAAGGUACCUACCUCAAAACAACCCAAAAUGAACUCCUUCAGUGCAUGUUAGAUGUUAAUCGCGAGGAAAUAAGGAAAUAAAUUGAAAAUUAUCUUUGUGUUGCAGUGAUUGCCGAUGAAACGACAGACGUCGCUGAUGAAUUUCAGUUAGUUAUAGUUUUCCGAUAUUUGUGUAAAGGGCGAUAAGUUGAGAGAUUUUGGAGAUUUUACUUGCUGGCCGGGCAUGAUGCCAAAUCAAUCACUGAAUGCAUUUUAAAUGUUUAAAUUUCUUGACACCCCAGAAAUGGUAUAUACCUAUAUAAUGUAAAAGUAUCCGUACCUAUAUUUUUAAAUUUCUAUUUUAUACCUUUUUGACAAUAUCGUGAACCCGUCACUAAAAAUUUAAACAGCUGCCCGAAUUCCGGCACUACCUACUUAAAAUGGUACGAGGCGCCACUGGUAUAACAUAUGUCUAAACCUCACGUUAAACUUUACUCAAUAUCAAUAAUCAAGUAAGAGUUUAUUGUAUAUACAGUUGAGUCAGCGAAUCUUUACCCGUGCGUCGUGCGUCAUCAUUUAAAGCAUACGAAAUAAGUCGAUGAUAAGUCGGAAAUUGAAAUUUACUAAACGCAACAGCAAGUGAAAGUAAGACCGUCCGCACGUGGGUCGAUCGAAGACACGUCUCGAAGUUCGCGCGUCUUGCUCGUCUUGUACGAACCCUGCGUCACAAGCGAUUGCCCUCCGCACACUAGUCGAUUCUGUUUUUAUAAAUUAACGCAUUUUUUAUAUAGUAACCAAAACGACUAUUUCGAUCUGUAAAGAGUACGGUAUUAUUACAUUUUUAUACAGUUGAGGAUAUUUUUCUACUUCCUCAACGAAUUUUAUAAUAAACAUCUAGAAACAGGACUUCAAUGUUUUCAGAAUUUUACAUUACAAACAAUAUAUUUCCACAAAGCUAAUAGUACUACAAUCAACGAACAUAACAUUCACCGAUCUUUAAAAAGACUAAAAUUUAAUUUAGGGCAAAAAUCAACAAAAACGAAGCAAACAAAUAAAAUAAUGACUAAACGUGCGUCUCACUCGAACUUUCUCGUUCGCUUCAGAUCGCACGGAACGAGAGUCGUAUAAGACGAGGAGAUUUGAAAUCCUAAACGCUCCGUGUACGGAACUCAAUGCCACAACGAAGGAACUUAAGUGACGGGGAGAGAUCUACGCGAUUGGAAUCGAGUCGAUUACUUCGAGCGUCGCUCCAUGUGCGGACGGCCUAAGUGACUUGCUGUUGCGUUUAGUAAAUUUCAAUUUCCGACUUAUUUCGUAUGCUUUAAAUGAUGACGCACGGGUAAAGAUUCUCGGACUCAACUGUAGAAGGAACCUCCCGUGAUAUAAAUUAUUAUUAUAUUUAUUGUAAGUAGUAUUGCCACAUGCCUUGGGGCAGGUCGAUACAGUGUUGAUGGUUGUAUGUAUUAAUAGUUCGAAUACUAGAUAAAGUAUAACGUAGUCAGAUGGAGCAGUAUUUAUUAUACCAAAUAACUAAUUAAGGACUAAAAGGUACUGCAUCCAACCACCAAACAUAUUUCCAUUAGAAGGCACCAGCUAGGUUAUUGUGUCCUUUUCAUUUCUGAUGGGCAAACUCAACGGUUUCUUAUGGAUUUUUGGAUGCUGAUUACGAAUUUCGAGGGUGAAUUUUGAUCCGAGUGGUCAAAAAAUUUUUAUAAACAAUUUAAUUGUUUAUAACGCUCUGGUUCAAUAUCGCUAUCGAUUAUACCGUAAUUUCUCCAUCCCUUGGGAAAGUUUUGUGAGGGAUGAACAAAAUUGAAUGCACAUUGCACAACAUCUGGAAUUUCUGGCCUCUGGUCGGUAGGAUCUUCUAUUGUGGCUGGAUGCUGGUUCCCUCUUUUCAAUUUCCUUAACUUGAGGUAGGUGUCCAAAAAAAUGAGGAUGAUUGUAACCAAGAUAUAUAUGGGUGAUAUCCACAAAUGGCUUUGGUCCGUUUUUGUAGGAAGGAUAGACUGGAAUCUUUCUUCUUCUUGUGUUAACUAAUGAAGUUCAUCUAAAGGGAUUGUCUCUAAUCUUAAGUGUUUGAUUAUUGGAUGUCCUUCAAUAAGUGUAGUUGUCUUAAUUUUUGGUUAUCUUAGCGGUUCCUCUUUGACCUAUUUUGACCAAUAUUGAAUGUCGAAUGACAAUGAAUUACCAUGUUUUAAAAAUUAUCAGUUAUCCGAUUCUGCUGACAAAAGUAUAAUUGCCGUUUGGGGAGCUAUGUAUAUGUUACGGUAAAAGUAGAUAAUUGGUAUAGAAUAGAAUAGAAUAGAAAUAUGCUUUAUUGUCACUGAAAAUUAUACAAAUUUUAUGGACAAAGCUUAAUAUAAAGUCAGAAAAAAUAAAUAAAUAAUAUCUAACAAUAACAAAUACAAUUUUAUGAAAUUUGAUAAAUCGUCAAUAAAAAAAAAAUACAAAAUAUAAGUUAAUAAAGUAAAGAAAAAAAAAACAAAACCGAUAUAUUGCAACAAUUUAUAGAAAUUGCAAAGUGAACAUACAACAAAGUAAACUAUAGACAUAGGAACUAAUAAGUUUAAGCUGCUGCAUGUGACACCCAAAUAUAGAUAAGUUUGGUUACUUGUACAUUACUGUAAUUUCUUAGUUAGUCAUUAAGAAACUCUUCUACUGAAUAAUAUGGUCUUUUAGAUAGAUGAGCUUUUGUCAUUUUACGGAACUUUGGGAAAGAUGUUGCAGAUUUGAGUUGUAAAGGAAGAUGGUUGUAUAGUUUUUUUGCGGAAUAUAAUAUAGAUUUCUUUACCAACUCAGAGAACGGGAUCGGUAAAUAGACAUCAAAAUUUGAAUUUCUGGUGGAGUAGUCAUGAUGAGGCCUUGCUGGAAAGACAUGCAUGUGUUUACGAAUUAAGCAAACAGUUUCUAAAAUAUAUAAAGAUGUAAGGGUUAAAAUUCCGUGAUCUUUGAAGUAACUUCUGCAAUGUGUUGUUCUUCUGAGGCCAAACAGAUACAUUAUUGUUCUUUUUUGUAAUUUAAAAAUAACAUCUAAUUGGGCAGCUGUACUAGAACCCCAAAAAGGAAGGCCAUAUCGAAGAUGAGACUCGAACAAGGAAAAAUAUGUUAGUUUAGAAGAUGCUAAAUUGAGUUCUUUCGAAACAGAUCUUAUAGCAUAGCAGGCUGAGGCGAGUUUCUUACUUAACAAAUUGAUAUGAAGGGACCAUUUGAGGUUGCUGUCUAAAAAAAUACCAAGAAAUUUUACAGAAUCAACGGUAAAGAUCUGGCUGUUAUUAACAAGCAGGGGUUGAAGAGCACUUUUAUAGGAUAAUGUUACUGUCUUAUCCACGUUAAAAGAGAGUAAAUUAGAGUCAGACCAGGUUUUUAUCGUAAGCAAAUCAGAAGUUAUAGUUUCAUGAAGAGAUGCAAUAGUUGAGUUGCUCCAAGUGAUACUGGUAUCAUCAGCAAAAAGAAAAAUUUUUCCAUCGAUUUUUAAGUUAGUGAUGUCAUUUAUUAAGAUAAUGAACAGUAGAGGACCCAAUACUGAACCUUGUGGUACUCCACAUACAAUGUUUUUGAGACUAGAGUCAGUAUCAUUUGCUCUAACUAGUUGUUUCCUAUUAUUCAAGUAAGAUUGGAACCAAUUCAAAGAAAUACCUCGAAUCCCAUAGAAAUUUAGUUUUUUAAUCAAAAUGUGAUUUACACAAUCAAAAGCUUUGGCGUAGUCACAGAAAACAGUGGCAGUAUAAAGAUUAUUGUUUAGUGCUUGGUAAACCUCAUGAAGCACAGAAAACAUGGCAUCAGUGGUACAUUUAUUAGUUAAAAAGCCGAACUGAUUUUGGGAUAAGAUGUUAUCAAUGAGAAAGGACAUAAGACGGGUUUUUAUGAGUCUCAAUAAUUUUUGAAAGUACCGGUAGUAAGGCAAUAGGUCUAUAGUUGCAAGCAUUAGAUUUUUCACCACCCUUAUGAAGGGGAAUAAUAAUGGCUAUCUUUAGGCACUCUGGGAAUUUGCCCCUUUCAAAGGAAUCAUUAAUUAGUGAGACGAGGAUUUCCAACACAUUUUUUGUGAGAUUUGAGAAGAUUUUUAUGGAUAGUCCAUCAGUACUAUAGGAUGAUUUGCUUUUGAUACUAUUGAUAGUUUGGAUCAGUUCAGAUGUAUCGAUUGGUCUUAUAAAGAAUGAAUUCGAGAACACUCCUGAAUUAGGGAGAUAAGAAAUGGGAUCUUUUUGUGGCAAAAUAGUAGAAGUUAUAUUUUUACUCACAUUAACGAAGUAUUCGUUUAGAUGUAGGUAAUUGUAUAAUGAUUGUAUACAAUAACCAAGGACCAGUGGCAAAAGUAAGUAAGAUGAUGAAAUGGCGAGGAUGAAGAAAAAACAGUAAAUUGCAACAGCUAUUCAAGAAGUGUGAUUUUUAUUGAACUAAAUUAAAAGCAAGAUAUAUUUUGUUUUACCUCAAUUGAGCUUUUUGCCUGAAUUACUACUACUACUACUUUAUUUGAUUAUUAUUUUGCAAUACAACUGUGUCGCCCUUCUAUACUACCCAAUUCGUAUAAUUCCUUUUAAACAAUCAUAAAAACAGCAUUUUUAGAAAAAACAUUUCCAGAAUCACUUUGUACCCUGUCAACAUCUGGCACUCUUAAUUUUACCGUAGGUAUCACCGACAUUACCAGGGGUAAAUGUCAAGUUUGAUGUUUUAAGCAUUUUCUUCGCUCGCUUUUCAAGACCUUCCUUUGCACGUGUCCAAAUUGCAACAGAAUCUCGCCUCUAUGAAAUUUGAUUAGAAAAUAGUUCUUCUAAAAUUGCUUUGGAUUCAUUUACUGAUGGUUGCUCAGGUUUUUCUGAUUCUUGUUCUAUUAGAAGCUCAUUUGGUUCAUCUACUUCUGCUUUUUCACGUUCUUCAGAAUCAAGACCUGACUGGGUUUAUUCUACCUGUUCUUCUACUUUUAAAACUUUUUCAGUUGAAAUAUUUUUUAGAGCAUCUUCUGGCAGUGAUGAAGUUUUGAAACCAAUUUUGGCAGGAACCCCAAACAUAGCUUCAUACGGACUGCAUUUGAUGCCAGAAGGGCAAGCUCGGUUCUUCGCGAAUUGUACAUAUCGAAGACCCUCUGACAACUUGUUUGUUUGGUCGCUUUCCAACCAGGAACUUGGUACAUUUUUAAUGUCUUUAUUCGCACAUUCAUUAUAUCCUUGUGACUGACUGUGUCUUGGCUUACAAUGUACUAUCUUCAAAUAUUUCCAUAUGGACUACAGUUCUUCCAUAAUUAGGUUGGAGAAUUUUCGUCCAUUGUCGCAUUGAAGAAUGGUAUUAGGAGCUCCAAAGGCACAAACUAUGUCAAGAAGAACUAAUGCAACUUCUUCUGCAUGUUUAGUUUUCAACGGCCGUAAUUGUACAAAUUCUGUUUAGUGACUUUGGUAGACAAAAAUGAACUUGAAUUAAUUAUAUGCUUGGGCUUGCAUAUCUAUCAAAUGUAUUUGACAUCUACUAUUCAUUUCUUUUUGGCAAUAUACUUAGGUUUCACUACUAAAACUUUUUUGGAACUUUAGAUUUUUUCUGGCAAGUUUCACAGUUAAGCCGAGUUAACUGUUUAAAACAUAUUUCGCACUUGUAGAGUUUGUCCCCAGUAUGUGUUCUCAAAUGAUUUUUCAAAAAAUAUGCUUGAUUAAACCGCAUGAAACAAUAGUCACACUCGUGACGUUUUUCUUCAGAGUGCACUUUCAAAUGUAUUUUCAAAUACCGCUCUUGAAAAAACUUCUUCUUCUUCUUAAGGUGCCGAGACCGUUUAUCGAUCGUUGGCUCUCAUGUUGCCCAGCAUAUUAACAAUCAUUGUCUUAUUUACAGCCGCACGAAAUAGUUCAGUGCUGGUUUUCCCAAACCAUUGGCGUAGGUUUUUAAGCCAAGAAGUUGUACGGCGGCCCACACUUCUUUUUCCCAUUAUUUUACCUUGCAUGACAAGGUGAAGUAUGUCAUAUUUGUCUGGGUGACGCAUUAUAUGACCAAAGUAUUCCAAUUUGCGCCUUUCAACCGUGUUCACUACUUCGCAACUUUUAUUCAAACGUUGCUAAACCCUUUCGUUUGUGACUCUUUCUACCCAACUGAUCUUCAGAAUACGGCGGUAGACCCACAUCUCAAAUGCUUCUAGGUUUUUUAAAAGCGAUUCUGUCAGGGUCCAUGCUUCAACCCCGUAAAGUAGUACUGGGAAUAUAUAACAUCGAACCAUUCUUAUGUGAAGUUCCAAAUUUAGAUCAUGACUGCACAGGAUUUUCUUAAAUUUCAUAAAACUUGUUCUUGCUUUGGCAAGUCUACUUUUUAUUUCUGUACUAGGGUUCCAGCUUUCAUUAAUAUGAGUACCCAGAUAUACAAUGUUACUCACUCGUUCAAUUGAGUCAUUACCGAUUGUUACGUUAUAGUUAUUAUUAUUUACGGCUGCCUGUUUACUAAUAACCAUAAACUUUGUUUUUCUUGCGUUGAGUUUGAGUCCAUAUAUCGCGCAGAAUGCCACCAUUCGGUUCAAUAACGCUUGAAGAUGUUCAAUUGAUCCUGUCAGUAACAAGGUGUCAUCUGCGUAUCUGAUAUUGUUCAUAAGCAUACCAUUAAUGAGUAUUCCCUCUUUUGCGUUUUCCAACACUUCAUUUAAGAUUGUUUCAGCGUAAAGAUUAAACAACAUUGGUGACAACAUACAGCCUUGUCGAACUCCACGCUUGAUUUUUACUUCUUCAGAGCACUGAUUCCCAACCCUAACACAUGCAGCCGGGCCCCAAUACAAAUUUGCGAUUAUUCUAAUGUCCCUACCGUCCAGACCAGUAGUUUUGAGAAUAUGCAGCAUUUUUUCAUGGCGAACUUUAUCAAAGGCCUUUUCAAAAUUAAUCGCGCACAUGAAAACGUCAUGAUUUACAUCUCUGCAUCUUUGAAUUAAAAAUUGGGUUGCGAAUAGUGCAUCACGCGUUCCAAGCCCACAGCGAAAACCGAAUUGAGUACUCGAGAUUCUUUCCUCAAUUUUUCUAUAUGUUCUUUGAUGAAUUAUUCUGAGAAAAAUUUUCAAUACAUGACUCAUUAGGCUGAUCGUGCGAUAGUCGCUGCAUUCUGUGGCUCUGUGUUUUUUUGGUAGUACAACAAAUGAGGAUUUAAGCCAAUCUUUAGGAAUUUUUCCGCUUUCGUAGAUUAAGUUGAAUAAUUUCGUAAGUAUCUUAAUGCCCUCGGUACCUAAAAGCUUUAGCGUUUCUACGUAAAUCCCAUCUGGUCCGAUCGCCUUGUCGUUUUUUGCGUUCUUUAUAGCGUAUUGCACUUCUUCCCUAGUUAUUGGAGGACCGCUCAUGUCAUCUAGCGUUUCUAGUUCGCUUCUUUCUGUUGUAGAUCGUUAAAAACCUCCUUCCUGUCCUUUUUCUAAUAAGAAGAGAACUGAUAUAUGAUAGACGUUAGACAUUUAUGUUAAGAGAUGAAUUUGUAUUUUUGUAGUAAUCCAAUAUAAUCGUAGGAAAUAAAGGAUAAAUAUGAAAGCAGCCUCUUUUAUUAAUUAGACUAGUUGAUGAUUGAAGUAAACAAAACUUUCAUCAUCGAAUAAUUCCUUUAUAUAUUCUGUCCAUCGUAUUAGUUGACCUUCGAUAUCGAUUAUAAUUUUUCCGUUUUUAUCCUCGAUUAGUGGAAGAUUACAUUUUUUAUUCAGUCCUGCAACUUCUUUCGGUUUUUUGUGCAUAUUGAAUGUGUCAUAGAUACGCUCGUAGUUCUCAAUUUCUUUACAUUGUUGUUUAUGCCACUCUGAUUUAGCUGAUCUUAUUUUUCUUCAAAUCAUACUGUUUAGCUUUUUGUAUUCUGUCAGAUUAGCAUUCUUAUAUUUUCUUCUUGCAUCCAUUAAAUUCAAUAUCUCUUCUGUCAUCCACAGUUGCUUAUUCCUACGCUGAUUUUCCAUUAGAUGAUCUUCUUGGACUUUUUCCAAUGUUUCUUUGCAUGACUCCCAUAAUUGUUCUUCUGAAUUUUUAUUUCCCAAUUUCUGAAACUGAUGUUCUAAUUUAUCGGUUACUAUUUCUUUCACUUCCGCAUGAAUGUUUAUCUUUGCUGAUCCUAGGAGAUAUUUUGGGUUUUUAAUCUUUUUAAAUUUAAGUAAUACUUUUCUUCUUCUUUAAGUACCGUGCCCAAAUUUUUAGGCGUGGGUAGCUUCCAUAACAAUUUGCCGAUAUCGUUCUCGAUCUUGUGCGGCAUGUAACAAUUGAUCUGCCGAUAAGCCAGUCCAUUGACGAAGGUUUCGGAGCCAUGAAUAUUUCUUUCGACCAAUUCCUCUUUUUCCGUCGAUCUUUCCAUUGAGUAUUAACUGCAGCAUCCUGUAUGUGCUACCUCUCAUUAUAUGCCCCAGAUAUUCAAGUUUUCUCUUUUUUAUCAUCUUCAUUAAGUCACCUUCGCCUUGACCUACUCUGUUAGAAAUGCGUUGAACCCAAGAUAUUCUGAGCAUUCUACGAUAUGACCACAUCUCAAAGGCUUCUAAUUUGUUCAUCAUGUUAACCUUCAUGAUCCAGGUUUCACGUCCAUAUAGUAAUACAGGAUACACAUAACAUUUUAGGAACUUGAUUCUUAGUUGUAAGUUCAGCUGAGAGUUGCUCAGAAUAGAUCUAAGUUUCAUAAAUGCUCCUCUUGCAAUUUCUAUACGAGUUUUAAUUUCUUCAUCCGGAUUUAGUGUCUCGUUUAUCCAACAUCCUAGGUAUUUAAAAUGGUUAACUUUUGUUAUUGAUUCAUCACUGACAAUUAGUUGCAUAGGGCCGACGUCUUGUUUACUAACCACAAGUAACUUUGUCUUUGUUGCAUUUAUGUUAAGUCCGUUAUUGGAGCAUUCUCUAGUGACUCGAUCUAUAAGGAAUUGAAGAUCUUCGAUGUUUUCAGCCAUGAUCGCGGUGUCGUCUGCAUAUCUGAUGUUGUUAAUAGUUUCACCCCCGAUUCGAACUCCACAUUGUCCUUCCAAGGCUUCAUUAAAAAUUAUUUCUGAGUAUACGUUAAACAAAGUUGGGGAUAACACACAACCCUGUCUGACACCUCUUUGAAUGCAAAUUUUGUCUGUUUCUUUGCCGUCUACCAGAAUAGAAGCUUCUUGAUUCCAAUAUAGAUGUUGUAAAAGUCUCAGAUCUUUAUCAUCUAUUCCAAUCAUUUCUAGAUAUUAAAACAACCUAUCAUGUUGAACUCUAUCAAACGCCUUCUCAAAAUCUAUAAAGCAGACGUAAAUUGGUUUCUGUACUUCCCAUGAUCGUUGAAGUAAUGUUAACAUUGAGAACAAAGCUUCCCUUGUUCCCAGUCCUUCUAUGAAACCGAAUUGUUUGUUUCCCAUUGUCUCUUCACAUUUCUGCUUGAUUCUAUUAAGAAUUAUCUUAAUAAGUAGCUUGAGAGAGUGGCUCAUGAGACUAAUUAGUCUAAAGUCUUUACAUUAUGAUGUAUUAGGCUUUUUUGGGAGUGGAAUAAAUGUAGACUCUAACCAUAUCUGUGGUAUCAUUCCAGUCUCGUAUAUAUGGUUAUAAAUGUUUGUUAGUUGUGAGACAUUGUCGUCAUCCAGAAGUUUGAGCCAGUCUGAUGGUACUUGGUCAGGGCCUGGAGAUUUCCCAUUUUUGCUCUGUUUGAUGGCUUUCUCUACUUCCGCUUUUAAAAUGCUAGGACCAGUAUUCGUAUACUUUGUGGUGUUAAGGGGUGGCCUCGUAUCCAGGAAGAGCUCUUUUAUAUAGUUAGUCCAUUCUUCCUUUUUUUCAUCCAAGUCGAGAAUUAUUUUACCUUUGGAGUUUCUCAUAAAGUGAGGAGUUCUUUUUCUCUGAGUGUAGGUAAUUUCUUUAAGCUUUUUAUGUAUAUUAAACUCGUCAUGUUUUCUUUGUAGUUCUUCCAUUUCACGACAUCUUUGUUCCAUCCAGUCCUCUUUUGCUCGCUUAACCUUGUACCUUAAGCGAGCAAAAGAGGACUGGAUGGAACAAAGAUGUCGUGAAAUGGAAGAAGUAAUACUUUAGCUGCUAGUAAGUUGUGGUUGGAGGGUACAUCCGCUCCUGGAUAUGUUUUGGAGGAUAAUAUAGCAUUUCUAUAUCUUUUUGAUAUACAGAUAUAAUCAAUUUGAUUGCUUACUAUUCUUCCACAAGUGUCCAUAGAUUUCCAGGUGUAAAGUCGUCGCUUAGGUAAGUCAAAAAAAGUGUUGGAUAUUACUAAUUGUUUUUCUACGCAAAAUCUUAUCAUUCUAUCUCCACGGUCGUUUCUCGUUCCUAAACCAAACUUGCCAACGAUAUCUUCUUCACUACCUCUUCCAACCUUGGCAUUUAAAUCCCCCAAUACAAUGUUUAUAUAUUGGCUUCCUGUGAGUGAUAAUAAAUAGUCUGCUUGAGACAAAUUUCACACUUGUAGCGUUUUUCCUCAAUAUGUGUUUACAGAUGUCUUGUCAAAACAUAUUCUUCUCUAAACUGCUUGAAACAAAUAUCACACACGUGAAAUUUUCCUCCAGUAUGUGCAAGACAAUGUUCUUUCAAAGUAAUUUGCUCAGAGAACGACUCAAAACAAGUUUCACACGUGUACGGUUUUUCUCCAGUAGGAGAAAGUGCGUUUCUUCUAUGCGUUCUUUAAUGUUCUUUCAGAUCUUCUGUAAAUUGCUCGAAACAAACAUCACACAUGCGGAGUUUUUCUCCAGUGUGUUCCAGCAAAUGUCUCUUAAAUUUACUUUGCUGGGCAAAAUGCUUGAAACAAAUUUCACAGUUGUAAGAUUUUUUCGCAGCGUGUGUUUGCCGUUUGCAUAUGACAUUUCAAACUACCUUUUUGAGAAAAUUCCUUAAGAGGCUACAGUAGCGAUCAACAGGUAGCAACAAACGCGUUUCAAGAUUGCGGCUGUAAUUUUGAAUAUUUUGUCGAGAUAUUUGGCACACAUAUUCGUAAUAUAAUAAAGAAUGGCGGUACAGAGCCCAAAUUUAGAAAUAUAUUAGUAUGUGGAAAUUACUCCGUAAUUAAAUACAAUAUUUAAAAAACGGGCCUGUACCGCCAUUAAGAACAAAAAAAAUAAACUUUCUUCAAAUAAACUUUUUUAUCCCCUGCCUAGAUUUUGUGUAAUCUUGGAACUACUAAAAUUUUUUUAUUUCUAACAAGAAAUAAAAGCAUAUUAUAACUAAUAACUAAUUAGGCAACAUAGAGAAAUUAUCACUGUCAUUUUGACAAACCUGCGUCAGAUUUUCUCUAAUCUGUUCUGUCAUCUUUAUCGAUAUCUGUUCAGUGCAGUAGUGUGUUAAUUUAAAAUUAUUGUUGUUUCAUAGGAAAGCAGUGCUUAUUAAUAGUUAAUUUAUUAUAUUUUUGUUGUUGUUUUAUAAGUUGUUGGUCUCUUUGUAAAAAUAGGUUGUUGUUAAUUGUGAGUUUUAGUUAUAUGUAGGUAGGUAAGUAUAUUUUACGUAAAAAUAUUUCGAAUUCUAAUGGAAGUAUAUAAAGUUUUAGGAGCAUUUUUUAGUCUAGAAAUAUUAUCAAUAGUUUAACAAAAUGGGAAAAGUUAAUCAAACGAAAAAUAAAGCGAAUCCUUCCAAGAAAAAGUCCAUUAAAAACCGUGCCAAAAUUAUGCGAACAUGGAAAUUAUGAACUAAAUAAAACACAGUCUUGUUUCGCUUCACAACGAAAUGAUUAUUUAUUAUUAUUAUUUCGUGCAAAUACCUAUGUUAACAUAAAAUUUUCACCCAUUUUGGUUUAUUUUUAUAAAUAUUUAUUUACUAAUAACAAAAUUGUUUUCUAUUACUUUCAUUUAGCGCACCUAUGAGUUAAAUUGUCAAAAUAUUAAUCUUAGAUAAUGUCAAAGAUUGCCACUGUUGCCAAAGUUUCACAGACCUUACGAAAAAAGGUAUGAUACUAUCUCACAAGUUGCUAGUGUGCGUUUUCAAAUGAUUGUUCACAGAAGUUUGAUAAGAAAACGGUUUAAAAAAUAUGCGACACUUAUAAGGUUUUCCAUCGCUAUGUAACACUGAAUGUAAUUAUAUAAAUAUCACCAUACGCGAGAUAUCGCAGGAUAAAAUUUUUGUUGAACAUAUAAAGGGAACUAGUCCAGGACUGGUUACCUUUAUACAAUAAUUCUUAUGGUGCCACCAUCCUUUGUUGUUUAUUAUAUUACUUCGAUUAGCUGUAAUACGUCUGUGCAUUAGUAGUCAUGCUGAUAUCUCUCUGAUGCAAGUACUGAAAGUAUUAAAUUGAGAAGAGAUAUUUAUUCUUAGCGUUGACCAACUAUUACAUUUUAACAAUGCCGUUAGAUAUAGGUUUUCACUUGUCAUAUAAUGUCAACUUAACCCGCUAUACUAUAAUGUAAGCGUUGUAUUUGAGAAUAAAAAAAUAUUAAUUAAAGUA